CGAGUUUUCAGGGUGCAAUCGAGAGUUCUGUCUACGUUUUAUUGAAUAAAAAGUAGUUCAGGUUUAUAGCAGUUUGAAAAAUUGCAACGAUAGUUAUGGCAGCUUUUGGGAGGUACCAUGGUAGAUCGAACAGGGACCUAGUGCAGUACCUGAAGAAAUCGGAGGUGAUCAAGUCUGAUCGAGUUUUUGACGCAAUGUGCUCAGUGGACAGAGGAAAAUAUACUUUAGCAUAUCCGUACGUCGACUCGCCCCAGGGGAUCGGUUAUGGGGUGACAAUAAGCGCCCCUCAUAUGCACGCCCAUGCCCUGGAACUCCUGGAGGACAAGUUAAAACCCGGGAAUAAAGCCCUGGAUGUUGGCUCGGGGUCUGGAUACUUGACUGCUUGCAUGGGAGUCAUGCUGGGGAAGGAGGGAGUUGCUAUCGGGAUUGAUCACAUCCCGGAGCUUCAGGCACUGGCUAAGAAAAAUAUCAUGAGUGACAAGCCUGAAUUGAUUGAAACUGGACGUGUGGAAUUAAUUGUGGGAGAUGGAAGAUUAGGAUAUCCAGGUCGAGCCCCUUACGAUGCCAUCCACGUGGGAGCAGCAGCAAAAGAGACUCCUCAAACACUGAUUGAACAGCUAGCCCCUGGGGGUCGGUUAAUCGUCCCAGUAGGCGCCUCGAACUCAGAUCAGACCCUAAUUCAAAUCGACAAGACCCUGGAAGGAGAGAUCAAACAACGGCCUUUGAUGGGAGUCGUCUACGUCCCCUUGACUGACAGGGAGAGGCAGUACAGCUCAUGAAACCAGUGUCUGCUCCAGUGAGCUAAUUUAUUCUUUUCGUCAUUCGUGAUCAUUUUGACUGUUUGAAGGCUCAACGACUUAGAACAAUGAAAUUAAUAAGAUUUAAGAUUUUGAAUUUUUUUAGAUUCUAGAGUUUCUUGUGUUCUGGUAACAUUAUGUUCGAUAAUAGUUCUCUUCUGUAAAGUAAGAUACUCAUUAAAAGAGCACUCGGUAAUUUUAAGAAUAUUCAGGCUGUCAAUGUUCAAUUCUGUAACAAAUCGGUGAAGUUUGGUAAUUCCAAAAAAAAUAUCAACACUAUUUUGCGAAUAUCUCCAAAACUAAGGGUUUUAGCGAAAAAUUUGACAAUAUCAUUUUUGUAGACCAUGAAAUUUCCCGCAAGAAAGUCCUUUGGCAUUUUUUUCUAAACCUCCAAGUUCGGGAGAUACUUGCCAAAGAAUGUAAAUCUGUUUCUCUGGGUUCACCACUUUGUUACUCAUGUUUCUCCUCGAGAUAAAAUUCUGAGGAAAAUUCACCCGAUGUCAUAAAUCACUGUAUGACUGAAAACAGUAAUUUUUUAUUAUCAAUAAAGUUAUUAAAAUUAUAAUUACAA